AUGACUUCCGCAAACCCCAACCCUGGCAACUUCGCCAAUCGCCCAGAAGAAGAAGUGCAGAAUAUCGCUAGCAAGGGUGGUCACAGCAGCCAUUCAGGCGGUUUUGCUAGUAUGGACCCUCAUCGCCAGCGCGACAUCGCAUCUGAGGGAGGGAAGGCCUCAAGUGGAUCUUUUCAGCCUGGCGAAGAGCGUGCUCGCGAAGCUGGACGCAAAGGUGGUUCUCGCACUGGGGGUACCUACGAUGAGCAACAGUAG